AUGGAGCCGGAUAGGAGGGUCAUCACAUCUCUCUAUCUUUUUGUGGCGAACGGCAGCGGCUCUCGCGGCAGCCGUCUAUUGAUCACAUGUGAGUCUGAGUGCCGGAGGACGGCCGAUGGGGGCAGAGAUGAAGCAACACAUGAAUGAAGGGGGCGAGAGCGUGUGAGUUGAAAAGGCGGAGCUCCGAGACGCGCCAAGGAAAAGCUUCGGUCGCCGACACACGGCAGAGUGCGCGAGACGUCUUCCGCACGCCCCCAACGUCGUCGUCGUCACCUCGUCUCCUUCCAAGGUAUGAUCUGCGCUCUCCGGUAACCACUGGCGCCGCGACUAGCAUGAGCAAUACUUCCAAUGUCCGCCUCAAACAAUCCAUACUUCCAAAACGGAUUAGCAGUUUUCAGUUCGAAAGCAUUAUACAACGUUGAUUUUGGUUUCGGAAGGUUACAUGAAUCGUUUACCUUUUCAGUGGUGAAAAGUAGAGCUUCGUGAGGCCUAGCGACUGAGAAAGUCGACCUGUUUACUGCCUUAAGACUUAACUUUUCCCAUUUCUCUCGUUCUAGUUUCUACUUCAUUGAUCGAAUGCAAUGGCUUUCAUCAACAAAUUUUCCUUGUUAUUGUAUUUCAAAAUAAUUUUCAACAUCUCUUGUAAACAUUUUGAGAGCUGAAAAUUCUGAAACUAUAUUGACAGAAAAGUUCAAACAAGCAGUUUUGAGAUAAGGGAAUCUUCAGUCUUUUUUUCAUCACAAAGCCAGUAAACAGAUAUGGAUUUACAAAAAAAGCAAAAAGGAUUAGCCGUCCAGAAUCUGAAUGCAUGAAACCUCAAAUGAGACGGCUUUAAUCACUCUGCCGUCUAAGGCCGUUUUCGUAAAACUUUCACGAAUUUUUUCUCCUUUUUACUCUCAAUUUAAAGAGUCUGAAAGUAGUCCUCGCGCAGAAAUGGGCUUUCAAAGGAAAGCUGCGUCUAGUGGCUUUCAAAGUUUCAAAAACCACCCUGCCUCCUGUUUUUGGACACCUACGUCUUGAAUGAAGUCACAAUCCUUCCCUGGCUGGGAACUUUUCAUCCGAUGCUUCUCAAUCUUCUUCGUACUUAUUCAUCGUUCAUGAUACUUCCAUACAAUGUUUUGAGAAUUGAGUUCGUGAUCAAGGCAAAGCCACGAUCUCUUAUUUCUAAUCUCUUGCGCAAACUUUCCGAUUUCUUGUUUCAAAUUGUUUUGAAAAUGAAUACUUUGACUCUUGGAAAGAAUAUUUGUCUAUAACAGUCCUUUCCUUAUCAUUGUAAUCAUACAAAGCACAAACUGCAUCGAAAAAAGAUUCGAAAUUACACCAAAGUUGCCUUUUUCAUAUCUGCGACAUGUUAUGUCUUGAUUUUGAUUUUAUGGAACACUUGAAAGUUGUGAAAUCAAAUUUUCAACCUAUCCAUGUAAUCCAUGUAAUUUUCGCCUUCUCAGAAAAAGCCUUUUUUCGAAUAGAAAGUUGAAAAUCGCAAGUGCUCACAUCCGUCCGAAUUCUAAUUUGGCCAACAUUAAAUGUGAGGGUUUUUCAGUUGAAGCUUGCCCCGAGGCGAUUGCUCGGCCUCGCCAUGGGUCACUGCACGAGCAAGGACCAGAAGGAGGGCAAGAGGCUCAAUCGACGGAUCGACGAGCAGAUCAAGAAGGACCAGUCGAUGAGUCUCCGCAUCAUCAAACUUCUCCUUCUGGGUUCGUUUCUCUCCUUUCGAUGUAGUUUUUGUUUGAAAGGAUGUUCUUUUUUUUAAGAGUACAGAAAUAGAGGUUGAGAACGUGCUUUCCAGGAGAAUUUUCUCUUCUUCUAAAUAUGUAUCACAAUCUGAUGUUUUUGGUAGAUAAAAGGACUGUAAUACUUCGAUAUUUAGAGCCGACGGACGCCUUUUCAACAUCACUUGAAGUAAAAGUAAUGAAUAUCUUUAUUUUUCAAACUUUGCCUUUUUAAAGGUGUUUUACGGUGAAGUUAGGACCUCAAAUCUAAUCUACACAUUCUAUCAUUUUUCUCAAGCUUGUCACUGAUUUUGGAAGAUUUUACUGUGAAUUCUAUGAAGCGAGCGCUUGUUUUUCGAAUCGAUUAGGCUUGUCAGAAAUUAGAGCUCGUGACUAUGCGAAAUCGAGUUGGCCGAUGUCAUGACAACAUGGAAUAAUUAUAUGAGAGUGAGCGCCAACUCUCGGACUCCAACUUUAUUGGGAUGCAAAUGAGAUGCCGAGCAACUUUGGAGGUGUACUUUCUUUGGGAGUAUAAUUCACAUUUGCAAAAAAGAGAAUAAGAUGUCCCAUCAACAAUACAGAAAAUUUGUUUCGUUUUCUGAAAUAUUUCCGACAAAUCUUUUCAAAGCGAAUUGAUUUUCGAGAUGCGGAUGAUUAGCUUCUUUUCUCCUUGACUUCCCUUCCAGUUUCCUCGGGUUCGUUAAGCUUCUGGCAUCGAACGACAGUUGGUUUUAUAGUGUCCGUUAGCGAAAAGCCAUUGGGAUUUCCUCGAAAACCUCACGGAAUUCUUUUUGAUCUCAAUUUGUUUCCUGAAUAUCAAUUGGAACACUGUUGGAUAGGCUUGAAAGUAGGCUUUGAGUGAAAGUUAAAAUUGAUUGUUUUUUAUACUUUUUGAGGUUCGGUUUGGAAUAAAUGCAUCGUCAUUUUUCACAUAAAUUAUUUCUCCUAAUUAUAACUCAAAAGGGCUGAUUCAAUACAUAAGUAAUCUCCUUUAAUCUAAGUUCAUCGUUUUUUUGUUUUCUGAGGUUUUAGUGCGACUCAGAUCGAACAUCUCCUCGCAGCCUAUAGGAAAAACAUUCCGAGGAACGAGAAAGUGGAUAAUUCAAUUGGAGGAGGUUCCUGCAAAGUCGACAGAAACCCUUUGAGAACUCUUAGAGUUCAUUGCAGAAAAACAUUUCCUCCGAUCAUAUUGUUUAAUUAGGCUCUCCGACUAUUUUCUGAGAAUAUCUUAACCUAAAUCUUGAGUUUUGUGGGUUGGUGAAGAAAGAGAGCCGCUGGGAUCGAAAGUAACUCGUUUAUUCUUCCCUGGCGCGGAAAACAAACAAACAAGUUGCAGAUCGCUCGCGUUUGUCGGUAAAAGCUGAACGCGAUGGGUGGCUCACUUAAGUGUUUCAAAAAGUUCCGGGAAACAUCGAAUAGUUUGCCCGACGAUCUGUUCCGCAAUAAACGACCAGAUUCUCUUUGAGGAUCGACCCAAUUUUCGUUUUGGAACAGCUAGGUUGUUUUUGAAGACGCAAUGGAAGGGAAGACGUACAGAUUGAGGUGAUUGCCGCCAUCCAUUGUCCUCGGGGAUUUGGGCCUCCGAGGCACGUGGGCGGCAGCCAAUCCGAUUAAGCCUCGGUCUCGGACAAUUCCCAUCCAAAAAUGCUCAGAUACGAGGAUAACAGGGUCAGCGACGAACAAACAACAUUGCUGCACCACGGAACGUGGAUUUUUUUUGGGAAAAGUGAUCGAAUGAGCCGAUACUUGAUCAGUUUGAGGGAAAAUGCGCAAAAUUCAUGAAACAAAAUUGAACUCAAAACCAUCUCCAUGAAACUCUGAAUUUUCGAAUUUUUUUUGGUUCAAUUGAAUUUUGAAAAAAAGUUCUUUUCUUCCAAUAUGAUAUGAUGGCUUAAUUUUCGAUUCCUUCUCAGCUUAUUCAGUUGAUUAUUCCGAUUACUCUAGAACCUUUCCAUAAUACUCGUGAGGAUGACGUCGACCAAUUAUAAAUGGGUCUUCGCAGGCUGUCGACUCAUUAGAGAUAAUUUCCACACCUGCCUCUCUCUCGUAAAGUCUGAAAUUAGAGCGCCCAUUAGUAUUCGCUUUUGAAUUUCGAUCGUUGCAUCGGAAAUCGACUUUCCCACGGAAAUGUGAAGAGAAUGUGUGGGAAGACGAAUAACGAUUUAUUGUCUCUAAGAAAAAAAAUCAAAAAUACUUUUUAUAAAGAUUUCCAGACGAUCUUGAGUGAACUCCUCUCUGUGAAUGAAGAUUUUGAAGGGAACGAAAUUCUAUUUGAGAUUUGGGCUGACGGGUUGAGAUUCUUUCGGACGAGACUUGGUCUUGUUAUGAGCGCCCAAAACAACUUUUUCUUCCUCCUUGGCUCCACUGAAAACGAGCUGUUUUGACACAUAUAAAUACUAAAUUAGGGCUUGAACUAUUUACUAUGAGAUAGAAGAGGAAGUGAGGUAAUUUCUUUGGUUUCAGGAGCUGGUGAGAGCGGGAAAAGCACAAUUCUAAAGCAGAUGCGGAUUUUACACAAGGUUUGCAAUUUGAUAAUUAAUCAAAAGUCUUGUUUUCGUGCCAAACCGGAUGUAUUCAAAAACAAGGUCGUUGGGAAAUAGUUUUGUAAUAUUUUUAAAUUGAUUCGGAAAAAAAGUUGUAAAAAAAAUGAAGGUACUUUUAUUUAUUUAUAGCAUCGCCGGCUGUAUUUUUGAACUUCAGAUUUUCUAUUCUGUUUCACUUCCAACUUUUUUUUCUGUUAUAUGUUUCUUUAAAAUUUUGGCUCCCUGUUUUCGCAAAUCAAAAUGGUUGUAAUUAUAACGAUAAGAGUAAGGUUAGGCUUAUAAUGAAUUGUUCUUCGAAGAAAAUUUAGUUUUUUAGCACACUUCAAGGUUGAUAAAUUCAAGUUUCAUGUUUUUCAUCAUCUACUCUAUCAAAAUGUGCUUCAGGACGGAUUCUCACAACAAGACCUGGAGAUGAUCAGGCCAGUCGUCUACUCGAACUGCAUCCAUUCGAUGCUGUCCAUCCUCCGCGCCAUGUUCCAUCUCCAGAUCGAGUACUGCGAGGCGGACCGCGUGGUUUGUCGCUUCCAAGCCGCGGGAACACGAAGAUCUUUGCAGAAAGACAGCCAGCUGGUGUUCGCGACGGUUCACGCCAACAAGGAGGAGCUCACCGAGGAACUCGCCGCCGCGAUGCAGCGACUGUGGCACGACGCCGGCGUCCGCGAGUGCUACCGUCGCAGCAACGAAUACCAGAUCGACGACAGCGCAAAAUAGUUAGUUCUUGUCUUUUUCGGCUCAAUCAUGUGGCUCAUCACAGUAUCCUUGGAAAUAUUCGAGAACUGUUCUACAGACGUUUUUUUUUUUUUCUGCAAUUUUAGAACUGAAAGCCUUGAAAACUCAUUCAACUUACAAAUCUGAAAAUUUUCAGACUUACAUUUUUUAUCGAAUUGAUGCAGAUAAAUUUUCUUGCAUUUGAACAUCUUCAAGUUCUUUAAUCGAGCUACUUUUAUUGAAAUCCUACCCGCUAAAUCUUGAAACAAUCUGAUUUCAUUGAACCCUAUUUUUCCUCGAUGCUCUCGUAUUUUCGUAUUAUUUUCAUGUUUUUCCGUCCUUUCUGGGGAGACAAAAAAGAGCUCAGAUAGAUUAGAUCGUUCAAAAAUUGGCAAAUACAGUACAUGAACAUUUUUGCUGUUUCUGACAUUUGUCUGUAGAUAAGAAAGAAAUAGAGAGAAUCUUCAGGCUACUAUGAUUCCAACUUUCAGCUUUUUGGACAACUUACCCCGGUUAUCAUCGCCUAACUAUGUACCGAGUGAACAAGAUCUUCUGCGGACGAGGAUCAAAACUACUGGAAUCACCGAAGUUUUAUUCGAACUCAAGGGACUUACUUUCAGGUGAAGGUUCUUCGAAUGCUCGAAUAUUUCGGAAGUUUUCAGAGUGAUAGACGUCGGCGGACAGAGGUCAGAGCGCAAAAAAUGGAUUCACUGUUUCGACAACGUCAACGCCAUCAUUUUCAUCAGUUCCCUCUCCGAGUACGACCAGACGCUUAGAGAAGACAACUGCACGGUAAGACGAUCUUUUCAAGCUGAAACUUUAUCUUGAAUUAUUCGAUACUAUACAAGAGAAAGUUGUGAGUUGUGAGAGAAGAGGGUAUUCAAAAGUAACUUUUGAGUGAAUUCAAUCAAAUUGAUCAUUCGCAGCGACUUUAAAAAUUUGGCUUGUCUGCGUUCUCUUUCAGCUCGACGGGAAGGUCAUAAAACGCGUUACUGUGUCGGACAACAAGAAAAUCAAGGAAACGUGAAGUUAGAUGAAUGAAUGAAUAUGUAGGAUUUCUGUGAAAUUCGCAAAAUAGAUAAAACUUUCUUAUCUGAUAAGCUAAAAUCCGUGAAUAAAAUCAACUUUAUCCUGUCAAUUCCUCUUGAGAGUCUCGAUUCGAAGAAAAACCUUUCAGAACCGAAUGCAAGAGUCGCUCAAACUGUUCGAUUCGAUCUGCAACAGCCCCUGGUUCGCUGAUAUUCAUUUCAUCCUGUUCCUCAACAAAAAGGUCCUUUUCCACCUUCAACUUGAUGAACCUCAAUCGUUCCAGGAUCUGUUUGCGGAGAAGAUCACGCGUUCGCCACUCACUGUUUGUUUCCCAGAGUACAAGGGCCAGCAAAAUCAGACUGAAUGCAUAAACUACAUACAGUGGAAAUUCGAGCAGCUUAAUCGGUUUGUUCUUUUGAUCUGGCGCUGUUGGGGGGAAUCAUAAUUGGCUGAAAAAAAGGUCACUUCACUUUAGAAGUUUAGAAUUGUCUGACAGAUAGUUGAGACACUCUCUGAUACACCAGAUAAUUCUAACAAAGUCAAAAUAAGCUUCAAUCUUUUUUUAUAGAAUCCUCAAACAAAGCUUUCCAUAACGAUUCCAUUAAAAAGAAAUCCCAAUUUUAAGUUUCUCCUUCAAAAAUACGAAUGUUAAUAGGAAUGUAAUUUAUGACGGGCCAUUUCGAAAAAAUGGACAAAUUUGUCUUCAAAUUGGAAAUGUUUCUAUCUUUCGAAAAAGUAGCCUUUUUUCUCUCACAUAACUUAAAAAUCCGAGGAAGUCGGUCGUUUUCCUCAUUUCGAAUUCUUUUUUCUCGAUCUCGUGAAGUAAAACAUUUUAGGACUAUUUAUUUUAAUAUCAACGUUUAUUAAUUAUCAUUACAAAUUCCAUCAAAAGGGCCAAAAUGAAAACUUUUCGAAAUAUCUAUACCAAAAUGAUAAUCGGGCGUUUAUAUAUCGGGUUUCACUUCACUCAAAUACUUUCUAUUCUGUAUUUGUAUUUUUUUGUGUUUGAGUGAAAUAAAUAAAUAAAUGAAUAAAUCUCUGUACCGGAAACUGAUUUCAAAUGAAAUUGGGCUCAGGUCGUCGCAACGGGAGAUCUACUGCCACCACACGUGCGCCACGGACACCAACAACGUACAAUUCGUGCUCGACGCCUGUCUCGACAUGAUCAUCGCCAAGAACCUCAAGAGCAUGGGUCUCUGCUGA